GCUUUCUCAGAAAAAGAUGCCCAAUACUUUAAAAACGCUUGCAUUCUUGAAGGCUUUUAUGCUACUAUGUCGGACAUCAAGAGAACACAAAAGAAAAAUCCCGGUUUACAGGAGCAAUCCGGAUUGUUUGGUACACUUUUAUCAAGUCCAAUAAAGAAAGGUAACAUGAAAAUUAUCGUAGUUAAAAUAGAUAAUUAG